CAACAGAAAUAAAAUAAAAGAUGAAAAGAAUAACAGGAUUGCUUGUUCUCUAAAGGCACACGAAAAUGGUAGAUGAAGAAGGAGCGCCAAAAUUCCCAGGUUUUCCUUUCGAACCCUAUUCGAUUCAGACUGAUUUCAUGAACAGCUUGUAUCAAUCUCUCAAUCAGGGAGGCGUGUCUAUGUUGGAAAGCCCAACUGGGACAGGGAAGACCAUGAGUGUGAUUUGCAGUGCCUUGCAAUGGGUGCUUGAUAAGAGACUACAACAGGAAGCAGUUUGUGAUGAGAAUCCGGGGAAUGGCGGUGGUGGCGGAGUUGGUUCAGAUGACGAACCUGAUUGGAUGAGGGACUUUGUCGUCAACAAAGUCGAGAAUAAUAAGAAGGAAGAAAAGUACGGGUCUGUAUGGGGAAAACCUCAUAAUAGUAAAAAGAGGACGGAAAUUCGUAAGGAUUUUAGGGUUAUGGGUGCUGGAGAGGAGAAGGGGUGUGAGAGUCCGCAAAAGAAAAUUGAUCCUGUGGAUUUUCUUGAUAAGGAUUUUUUAUUGGAAGAAUAUGAGAGUGAAGAUGAGAGAGGGCCAGGGAGUAUGAUGUCCAAGAGGAAGACUGUUAACACCUCCUUUAGUUCCUCUACUGAAGACGAGUCUAGCGAAGAGGAAGAAGAAGAGAAGAAGUUGAAGGUUUAUUUCUGUAGUAGAACUCAUUCACAGCUUUCGCAGUUCAUAAAGGAGUUGCGGAGGACGGUAUUCGCUAAAGAGAUGAAGGUUGUGAGUUUAGGGUCUAGGAAAAAUCUUUGCAUUAAUGAAGAGGUAGUUGCACUUGGAAACUCUACACGAAUUAAUGAGCGAUGCUUGGAACUUCAGAAGAAAAAGAAAAAUGAUGCUACAAAAGUUAAGAACUUAAAAGUAGGUUCAGGGAUACGCAGAACAAAGGCCACCUCUGGCUGCCCAAUGCUUAGAAAACACAGAGUUCAACAAGAUUUUAGAAAUGAGGUAUUUCAACAAAGACCCUUGGAUAUUGAAGAUCUUGCAAAUCUCGGAAGAACUAUGGGAACUUGUCCGUAUUAUGGCUCUAGAAGCAUGGUUCGAAGAGCUGAUCUUGUUGUCCUACCAUAUCAAUCUCUUCUGUCAAAAUCAUCUCGUGAUGCCCUCGGCCUGAAUUUGAAAUCCAAUAUUGUUAUAAUAGACGAGGCUCAUAAUUUAGCUGAUUCACUCAUCAACAUGUAUGACUCCAAAAUUACUUUAUCACAGCUGGAGACUGUGCACAACCAUUUGGAACGGUACUUUCUGAGGUUCCGGAGUCUUUUGGGACCAACUAAUAGGAGAUACAUUCAAACUGUCAUGGUCCUCACACAAGCUUUUCUCCGAGUACUACUUGAUGAUAAAGAUGGAAAUCUUAUAGAUUCCUGCUGUGAUGUAGAUCAAGCUUCUGAAAAAAGUAGCUCUGAUUUUACUAUGGCCAUCAAUGAUUUUUUAUUUGAACAAAAUAUAGACAAUAUCAACUUGGUCAAAUUGUUGAAAUAUAUUAAGGAAAGUAAUGUCAUGCACAAGGUUAGUGGUUAUGGAGAAAAGUUUGCUGCCAUGGCGACACAACAUAAGAUCGAGCAACAUGCCGAGGAGGGAAGUUGUGUAUCUGCUUUCCAGGCCUUGGCUAACAUGUUACUUUCACUGACAAACAAUGAUGGUGAUGGAAGGAUAAUAAUUUCUAGGUUCAGGUUAACGAGCCUCAAGAAGCGUGGAGGAUAUCUGAAGUAUGUUAUGCUCAGUGGAGAAAAGAUUUUUUCUGAGAUUGUAGAUGAAGCACAUGCCGUUGUAUUAGUAGGGGGAACACUUCAACCUAUAGAAGAGACUAGGGAGAGACUCUUUCCAUGGUUACCACCAAACCAAUUGCAUUUCUUUUCAUGUGGGCAUAUUGUUCCUCCAGAUAGCAUUAUGCCAAUAGCUCUUGCACGGGGGCCUACUGGACGCACCUUUGAUUUUAGCUUCGGCUCCAGGAGCUCACCAGACAUGAUGCGAGAACUGGGUCUUUUGCUGUGUAAUCUGGUUACGGUGGUUCCGGAAGGAAUUGUUGUCUUCUUCCCAUCUUUUGAUUAUGAGAAUAAAGUCUACGAGCAUUGGGAAUCAUCUGGCAUCCUUGAAAGGAUUACAAAGAGGAAGCGUGUCUUUAGGGAGCCAAGAAAUAACAUGGAUGUUGAAUCCGUUCUCAAGGAAUAUAAAGAUACCAUUUAUACAUUAUCGGGCAUGAAUUCAGAAGUAAACCAAGCAUCUUAUAGUGGUGCAAUACUCCUUGCUGUUGUUGGUGCGAAGUUAUCCGAAGGGAUCAACUUAAGUGAUGGGAUGGGCCGAUGUGUAGUCAUGGUUGGACUACCCUAUGCUAGCCCAUCUGAUAUAGAGUUGUUGGAGAGGAUAAAGCACAUUGAUCGUUUUCAAAAUUUAAAGCUUGAAAAUUCUAGCGUUUCUACAAGUUAUGAUCUAUACAGUGGACAUGCUGAAGGUGGUUUUGCCAUCUUAAGAAGUUGCACUCACAGAGGAAAAGAAUACUAUGAAAAUCUCUGCAUGAAAGCUGUAAAUCAAUCAAUAGGUAGAGCUAUCCGUCACAUCAAUGACUAUGCAGCAAUUUUGUUGGUUGAUACAAGAUACACAUCUGAUUCCUCAAAACGGAGUUUGGCUCACCCAGUCACCAAGCUCCCGCAGUGGAUAAAAGAUCGUCUUGUUUCUUCUGUUAGCUAUGGUGAGACUGAUCUCAACAGAAUAAACAUGUAUGGUAACAACAACAGGCACGAUUCAGCAAUGGGAGCUGCUUCAUGCAGUGAAAGCUCCGUUUGUUUUUCCAAGCAAAGACUGCAAACGAGCAAGAACGAGGAGAGAGCACAAGAGAAGAAGAAGAAGAAAGGAAGCUCACACCCCAGAAAAAAAGAGGACUUCAAUUCAGAAAACAUGAACAAGAAAGUUCAUGCUUUAGCACAAAAGAUGAAGGCAAUGGAUAUGGUGGAUGCGGGUGAUCUAGAACGUGUGCUAGACAUAGAAGAAGCACUGCACUACUAUUCUCGACUUAAGAGCCCUGUCUAUGUAGAUAUUGUGGACAAUUUUUUCAUGAGCAUUCAAUCAGAGUUAUCUGCUUCGCAGCCAUGUGCCAGCAGCAUCAAACCCUCCAAGGAAAGGCUUGGUCCAAUCCAGUUCAGAUAAGGUUUCCAAUCAGCAACAUUGCAAACAUUUAACAGUUUAUAGGGAAUUAAAGAGUUUAGUUUAACUCACACUAUUCCCAGGUUUCUUUUCUUUCAGGGUACUAUCUGGUUAUUGCUCAAUAAUCCACAUUGUCCUUGCAUAAUAGUGAUUUCUUACAGCAGAGGAAUCUAACUUUCUUGCUUGCAAAUUGUCCCAUUUCUCAGGCGUACUUGGAUCCUGAGAACUUUGUGCUUUUAGUUAUCUGUGCCAGAAAAGACAACAUAUUUUUAGCUUUCCUGCCAUUCCAGACUUACAAUGGGCAAUGACAGUGUAACGUAUAGUGUUGAAAAUUGUAUUAAUAUAUACCUGAUCUGUAGCCAAUUCUUAUCCGAUUCAGAGGAGCAAAAUUUUCUUCUACGUACGUGUAUUUUUUACAAUGAACUUGUAUGUAUAAAUCAAACUCCAUGGUGUCAAUUCAAUACACAGAUUUAACAUCUGUGUCUCAUCUUUCUUUUCCCUCUUCCAACACGGUAUAACAGCUUGGUCGUUGUUUGAGACCAUGUAGAUGAACAUGGGCAUGGGAUCCUGGAGAAAUAAAUUAUUGACAUUUGGCAUUCAUUUUAGUAAUAGCUCUUGGAUAGAGCAA